AGUCGGGCCUGCCGGCUGCCACUCUAACCCUCGCAAGGCCCCGCGUCCCCACUUCCUGCGGAGGCCGCGCCGAGCACACACUCCCCGUCUCGCCCUCGUCCCGGCUCGCCGGCCGUCCUCCGGGGGGAAAGGACACCAUGAAGUGGGGGGUGCUCGUCCUCGCGGCCCUCCUGCAGGCUCAGGUCCCAGCGGCAGACGCACAGAGCUUCGGCCUGCUGGACCCCAAACUGUGCUACCUGUUGGAUGGGAUCCUCUUCAUCUACGGCAUCAUCAUCACCGCCCUGUUCCUGAGGGCCAAGUUCAGCCACAGCACGGACGCUGCGGCGCAGGCGCAGGCGCAGGGCCCGGGUCAGCUCUACAACGAGCUCAACCUGGGCCGGAGAGAGGAGUACGACAUGUUGGAUAAGAGACGCGGCCGGGACCCCGAGAUGGGAGGAAAACAGAGGAGGAAGAACCCGCAGGAUGGCGUCUACAACGCGCUGCAGCGGGAGAAGAUGGCGGAGGCCUACAGCGAGAUCGGGACGAAGGCCGAGAACCAGCGCCGCAGGGGCAAGGGGCACGACGGCCUCUACCAGGGGCUCAGCUCGGCCACCAAGGACACCUACGACGCCCUGCACAUGCAGGCGCUGCCCCCGCGCUAGUGGCUGGCGGGCGCACACUCCCAGGCCCGCCCUGCAGACGCCGAGAUUGUAAGGCCCAGGACACACCGCGCACGCCCCGGCUCGCCCGCACCUCACCGCCGCAGCCGACCUCCCCCGUGACGACCGUCGGGUCCCUCGCCGUCCCAGGCCUUCCUGCGCCGGACGCCGCCGGCGCGCCGUGGGGGAGAGCGCCCUGGCUGCGGCCUGUCCUCCGGGAGCCCAGGGGUCCUUGGCCUUCUGUCCGGGCACUGUGGCCCUGGUGGAGGGGGGGAGGGGUGCUGGGGAGGGCGGGCUCAGCCCCCUGCCGAGCUGUGCGGUUAAGCCCCGGCGGAGCCCCACACGCCCGCACCCGCCGCCGAACAGUCUGUACCGUGCUGUCCAUUUGCGCUGCUGUAAAUCUGGCUUCUGUCGUCGGCCGCCUGCCCCCCCCCAGCCCUGCUCAGCAGCUCGUGACAGGGCCCGGAGGCCACAGCCCCCUGCGAAGGUCUGGCCAAAGGGCCAGGCCGGCCGUGGGGAGGCUCCGGAGCCCGGCCUCCCCCAGCCAGCGCCCCUCCCACGCGGUGGUCUGGGGCUAGACGCCCGGGGCCCUGCACGGGGGAGCGUGCCGGGGGCCGGCUGGAGUAAACGCCCGUGGCAGCGCCGAGCAUGACCCAGCGGGGAGGCGGCCGGGUGCAUCCUGGGCACCGGUGCCCUUCGCCCCGAGUGCAGGGCACACCCACACCCGUGCAGGCCUGCAGGGGAGAGUCCACAGUGCCUGGACCCACGGAGACGCCAGGGGAGGGGGGCCGACGGACGCCUGUCUGCUGGGCCGGGUUGAACCUCUGCCGGUUUGCUAAAGCCGCCUGUCUGCCCAAUAAAUGCUUUGGUGACAUCGCC